AUUAAUUUAUGUCUCUUUCAGCUUUAAGAGCAACAGUUUCAUUCUUAACAUUAAACUCCCUACUCCAAAUAUAUGAGAAUCAACCUGUGGAAUUUUGGGAUUCCAAUUAAAUGAUGUCGCAUCCAAAAUUAACUCCCAUAUUCUAAUCAAAUCAAGUAAAUAUAUCAUCUAAUUCCAGUAUUUGAAUUUGCUUGCUGCCUUUUUUACACUCACUUUUAUUGAUACUUAAAAUAAGCUUCAACUUACUAAUUCAAUUGCAGUUUCCACAUCCGUUAUCAUCUAAAAUUUAAAGUAUUUUCACUCCUCUAUUCCUUAGUUUGUUUUUACCCAAGACUUUCAAUAUGAUAUCAAUCUACUUGCAAUUGAUAGUCCUCAUUUACUAACUCUUUAGGUUGUUCUCCUCACAUUAUGAAAAAUUGCAAUUCGACAAAAUACCUCAACCUCAUUCCUCAUUUCAAUGUUAAGAAAGCGUUAAAGAAUAAAAAAUAAUCAAAAAGUAAACUUAGAAAAAGCAGAUCUCUCAUAAAAAGAAAGAAAAAAUAUAACAAAAACAAUUACAGUCAUCUCAAGAACCUUAAAUUGAAAAGGUUGAAUAAACAGAUAACACUGAAGUGGAAUCUAUUGAAAAUGAUUUCACAGAAUUUAUGAAGCAACCAUCCAAUGAUUAAACUAUCACAGAAAUAGAAACAGAUAAUUUGUAUGAAGUUAAUCAUGCUGAUUUAUCUCAAAUUUCAUAAGUUAAAGAAGAUUCAAGUAUUUAUCUAUGUAAUUAUCUUAGAAUUGACAUUUCAACUUAAAUUCAAUGGAGAAUUCACUAAUUUAAAUUGUACUUUUGAAACAUUUGAUUCAACCAUGAACAUUUUAAAUGCAUCUUACACCUCAGAACAAAUCAAAUAAAUUAAAAUACAUUUGUUGCUAAACCUGUAUGAUGAAAAUGAAGACUGUUCUUGUAGACUCUGGUGUCUAAAGAAACUCUUAUCAUAUAACUGAUGUUAUAACUGCCUAAAAUUUGCUUUGUGUGUG